AUGCGUGAAGUGAUCUCUAUCCACGUCGGACAAGCUGGUGUGCAGAUUGGAAAUGCGUGCUGGGAGCUGUAUUGUUUGGAACAUGGAAUUCAGCCCGAUGGCUUGAUGCCAUCAACGAACGAGAACGAGUCUUUCACCACGUUCUUCUCAGAAACUGGAAAUGGUCGUUUCGUUCCUCGAGCUGUCAUGGUGGAUCUCGAGCCUACGGUAGUUGAUGAGAUCCGUACUGGUACCUACAAACAUCUCUUCCACCCCGAGCAAAUGAUCACUGGAAAAGAAGAUGCUGCUAACAAUUAUGCUCGUGGGCAUUACACUGUUGGAAAAGAGAUUAUCGAUCUUGUGUUGGACCGAACACGUCGUCUUGCGGAUAAUUGUUCCGGAUUGCAAGGUUUUCUGAUCUUCCAUUCUUUUGGUGGAGGAACUGGAUCCGGAUUUACUUCUCUGCUCAUGGAACGUCUUUCUGUUGACUAUGGCAAGAAGAGCAAACUCGAAUUCUCUAUCUACCCAGCACCUCAGGUCUCCACUGCUGUGGUCGAACCAUAUAAUUCUAUCCUCACCACCCACACGACCCUAGAACACUCUGACUGUGCCUUCAUGGUUGACAAUGAAGCCAUCUAUGACAUUUGCCGCCGCAAUCUUGACGUUGAAAGACCGAGCUACACAAACCUUAACCGAAUCAUCUCCCAGGUGGUUUCUUCAAUCACCGCUUCGCUUCGCUUCGAAGGCGCUCUUAACGUUGACCUCACCGAAUUUCAAACGAAUCUCGUGCCAUAUCCUCGUAUCCACUUCCCACUGGCUACGUAUUCUCCACUUAUUUCUGCCGAAAAGGCCUAUCACGAAGCACUGUCUGUCAGUGACAUAACAAACAUGUGUUUCGAACCUGCGAACCAAAUGGUCAAAUGUGAUCCACGCAACGGGAAGUACAUGGCUGUUUGUUUGCUGUAUCGUGGAGAUGUCGUCCCUAAGGACGUAAACCAGUCCAUUUCGGCAAUCAAAGCGAAGCGUACUAUCCAGUUUGUGGAUUGGUGUCCGACUGGUUUCAAGGUCGGCAUUAAUUACCAACCUCCUACUGUUGUUCCUGGAGGUGAUAUCGCUAAGGUACCUCGUGCCGUAUGUAUGUUAUCCAACACAACUGCUAUUGCGGAGGCAUGGGCUCGCCUCGAUCACAAAUUCGAUCUCAUGUACGCUAAGCGUGCGUUUGUGCAUUGGUAUGUCGGUGAGGGUAUGGAGGAAGGAGAAUUCAGUGAAGCACGUGAAGAUCUUGCUGCACUUGAAAAAGAUUACGAAGAGGUUGGGCUUGACUCAAACGAGGGCGCUUAUGAGGAAGGAGAAGAAAAUCUUGGUGGGAUGUCAAAUGAUGAAAGCUGUAGUGCUAUCUUCUCAACGAGUGUCAGCAACGCAGGAGUGAAAUUGGUGAAAACAAGGAAAGAUGGCUCUCGAAAGGUGGUAUCCUACCGUCAAACGAAUCGAGCAUCUGCAGAUGACUUAGUUGCGCUAGCGCAGCAGCUAACUACCGCUCGUGAGCUUGUGAAAGGAAGGGCUUGCGACCGUUUGAGGACUAUAGCUGAGCAGAUGGAACAGUUACAGAAAGCGGCGAUUCGAGUGCUAGAAGAAGCGAAGCGAGACGAAGAGUUGCACAAUGUGGCCUGCAAUUUGCAAAAGCAGCCUGGACAUGUUUACCAUCUCUACCGAGGAAGAGAUGGAUCCAGAUACUUUUCGUUGCUGAGGCCUGAGGAGUGGGCAAAGGAGGAGAAACUGAAGGAUUAUGUGGCAUCGUUUCGCUUGGAGAUGGAUCGCAGCUUUACUCCAGUAACCGAUAUCGCGGCACGAGAUGUUCAAUUCCGUAGCUUAGAAGCGUUUUUAAAAAACUAUUUGUUCAAGAUGAUACAGCGCGAGACUGUGAUCUUGGAUAACGGCGGAUACACCCUAAAGAUUGGUACGAGUCGAGAUAUAGAACCAAGGGUAAUCCCUAAUUGCAUUGCAAAAACAAAGGCGGAUCGCAAAAGAGAAUUUGUUGCUGAUGAGCAGUCCGAAUGUAUUGACAAAACUGGAUUAUUCUAUGUUCUUCCUUUCGAAAGGGGUUACUUGGUUAAUCCUGAUGUGGAGGAGCAGAUUUGGGAACGAGUUUUUGAGUCCUACUCAACUAAGGACUCUCGGAUUGUGCUCUCCGAUCCCAAUUACUUAAUCCCUGCUACUGAAGACGUCAGCGUAGAAAUUCUGUUUGAGCAACACGAUUUCCAUUCUGUCUUCAAAGCUUCAGCUGCUGGAUUUGUUGCUCUAGAAGGCUUUUUUCGUAACAUUCGAUGUGCUCUUAUUGUUGACUGUGGGUUUUCAUCUGUUACUGUAGCACCGUUUCUUGAUGGAAAAGCUAUUCAACAGGGCCUUGUUAGAAUUGAUGUUGGUGGCAAAGUUCUUACAAAUCAGCUCAAGGAAUGGAUUUCUUAUCGGGAUCUGAACGUACUAGAAGAAACGUACAUAAUGAAUCAAUGCAAAGAGGAUGCUUGUUUUGUAUCUCUAGAUUUCGUCAGAGAUAUGGAAAUUGCCAAAUAUCGAGAUGAUCGUAACACUAUACUUCGUGAAUACGUGUUGCCCGAUUUCUGUCGAUUAUCGCGGGGUUUUUUGAGGGAACCCGCGAAGGUUGAGAAGUUAUCACUAGUAGAAAAUACUCCGCAAGCUAUCACAAUCAAUCGCGAACGUUUUGCUCUUCCAGAACUCCUGUUCCACCCUUCAGACAUUGGCCUGAAUCAAAUGGGAGUGGUCGAAGCGAUCGUGGAGUCAUUGUCAAGAUGUCCUGUGAACUUGAGAGCUGCCUUAGUACAGAAUAUUUCUCUCGUGGGAGGGUGUACCCGAUUUCGCGGAUUUAGAGAACGUCUAAUCUCCGAGCUGAGAUCUUAUAUGGAUGUGGAUUGGUGUGUAAACCUUGCAGAUGUCUCUAAUCCAAUCACGCAUGCAUGGUCGUGUGCAGCGGCUGCAUUCACGGGUGAUAUGGUCUCGGAGGAUCGUCUUUUUGUUUCACGGGAGGAAUGGAAUGAGCAUGGCGAAGAGAUCCUGCACAAAAAGUUCCUCAACUUUCUGGAUUUUGACUCCGGGGAAACUGAUGAUGUGUCUGAUGACCCCAGCGAUUGGACAGCAAAGUGA